CAAGUUAGAAAGCUGGGAAUAUCGAUAACCCAUUUUGAAAUACACCACCUUAUAUAUUACGCUAUACUGAGUAUGUAGAACACUAUAGUAUAUUGAGUGACACAGGUACAUGAAAGCAACAGGAACUGACUGAUUAUUGAUAAAUCGGGACUGAACUGGAAUAAAAAUGACGGCUGAAGAGGAAGGACGAGAGAAGGCUUUACGGCUGUAUAAGAUUCUAGCAUGUUUGCUUGGGCUGCUCGGAGUGGGUCUUCUUAUAUGUGGUAUUCUAGCUGUGACGAACACAGAUUCAGACAGCUUCGGAAUGCCGUACUUUCUCGGGGGAUUCAUCGUCGGAAUAUUGACGCUAAUUUCUGCAGCUCUUUGCACGUGCAUAUUCCUGAAAGCGCCUGGUGCAGACAGUGACGUAAAGAAAAGGGAACUAGCUUGUGCGAUUCAAGGACAGUAUAUUUUGUCCAUGUUUACGAUAAUGGGUUGUUUUAUCGGCUGUGUUAGCGCCGGGGUGGGAGGCUUAAGUUCAUCUGGUUUCGAUGAUGACGAUGAAGACGAAGAUGGUCCCAAGAAAACGCUUGCAGUCAUUAUUCUCGUCGGCUGUAUCGGAGCCAUCUUCUUGACAAUAUUCUCUAUGUGUAUUGUGUGUACAUACAGUUCAUACUUUGGCGUAGUAAUACAACGCGGACGUCGUGGUCGGAUGGUAUUUAUAAAUAACACUGGACAAACCGCUGGAAUGCCCACAACAAUCCAUACAACAACAUUCCAAACGACUCCGCAAACAAAUAGUAACCAAGUAAGUCAGUUAGAGGCACAAAAUCGUCUGCUUCAGCAGCAACUUGAGCUACAAAGACAGUUGUUUCAGCAGCAGCAGCAACAACAACAGCAGACGCAAUAUUCAGGUGGAUUCUAUCCCCCGCCACCUCCUCCUUCAUACGGAUUAAAUGACUCGGCACCAUCAGCUCCUCCACCUAAUUAUUUCGAUGUGAAGUAAAUCAAACACGAUAUGUAGUACAGUUGUGUAGUAUUGAAUAAUAAUAUAGCGGGAAUUGUAAACAAUGCGCAAAUCUGGUUGCACAGGAAUGCAAACAAAUAAAAUGACGCAUUUUGAAACAAUUCGGAUUACAUGUAUAAGAAAGUUUACGCGUUUGAUCCAUUUUUCCAAGACAAUAGGGUUAUUAUAACAGUAGCUUGAUCUGGGCAGCAGUAUUCGGCUCGAGUGGAUUUUGCCAGAUCGGAUCUCACGAAGCGCGCAAGCUUCUGUUUUAUUAUAUACCUUUACCAUUUUGAUUCUUGUUUUGUUCUUGAACGAAAUCUUCAAUGUUUAUCGAUAUUAAAUGGAUGUUUAUCGAUAUUAAAUGGAUGUUUAUCGAUAUUAAAUGGAACUUAGUGAAGUUUUUAUGUGCGCUAUUUAUAAAAUUGUGUCGGAUCGUGCAUAUUAAUGAAAAUAGUCCGGCAGCAUACAAUACGGAAGGUACAAUACGGAAUUUAAAAGGUACAAUACGGAAUUUUUGUCUGUCUGUUCAUAUUUGAUUGUGAAAUACAAGCCGAUUUUUUUACAGAAUUUAUAUAGGUAUAUAAUAAAGUCAUUUAUUCGUACAAUCAAUGUCUUUACGCAAAGCCACUUUUUAUGAGAAUACAGUUUGCUGCACUUUAUCUGACCAAUUUUCCUGUAUUGUAUAAGGAAUCUUGUUCUGCUGUUCCGCACUUUAAUUUAACUUUUCUAUGUCAUACGCACGGGAAAAUCGCUCAUUCAGGUAACAUUUCUAGUAACUUUUUAGAACGUUUUGCUUAGAUUUUUUUUUCACGAGCAAAUGUGUCAGUAUAAAUAAAGUCUAGUCGACGGUUUUGUGUCGGGAAAGCACUCGUUUUUUUCCUGUUUUCGACGCUUUUCCAUCAAGUAACAAGAAAAUUACAAGCAAAAAUGUUACAUGAAUUCAGCGAUUUUACCCGUGUGAACGUUACCGAAAAGUCACGUGGGUUGGCAUGGAAUAUUCUCUUACAUAUUGACAUAGAUACUCUACGACUUAUAACAAGGGCAUGUGCCGUCAGUUUUGUAGGAGAGCCGUAAAUAGCCACUAUUCAGUGAAAUAACCCUACAUGAAAUAAUUCGAUAUUAAAGACUUUAUACAUGAUUGUAUUUCUUGUUUUUCUUAUCUGUUAAAUAUGUUUAUCACAGAAAUGUUAAAUACUUAUUAAAUAACUAUUACUGAACA